AAUUCUGUGAUUUUAGCCUGCUAUCUUUCCUAUUUCUAAGCGUUCCAAGCAAGUGAAUUAGGCUACUCCCUACACGUCAAGACCAAGAAUUUAGGCCUAUUUAUUCUUGGCUUAUUUAUUCUUGGCCUAUUGUGCUGCAAAUCACAUGAAGACUGAAAAAGAUCUAGUCAGAUUCGCUGUCUCAGUCUCUUUUUGACUCCUGGUUGGUUCUGACCACCCUGUCGACAGUCUGAGAUAGGACCAUGGCGUAUGCACUCAUCAGACCAAUGCGGAGGCUCAUCACCAAAAAAUUUGGCGGUUAUAAAAAGUUCCUCCUUGUCCUGACCUCCCUGGCUCUGAUCCUCUAUACGCUCAAGUCUUUAUUCAUCAAUGACGGUCGUCAAGUGUGGGAUGUCAAAAGCUCAGUCUCAAAUAAAUCAAAUGAGUGUGACGUGAAGUGUCUCCCGGACCAGUUCUCCUUCUACAUCCGGUCUGGUGAGAAAACUCCGGAGACAGGACGUGGGCCGGUCUUGUGUUUCCAGGGCAAUGUGUACAUGAGUAGUGAGAUGAGGAAUGUUGGACGAGGAUUCAAUGUUCUCCUAGUGGACUCAAAAUCUCAAGCAGUCAAAGCUGUAAACGUUUUUGACACAUACGUGGAUGAAUCUUCUCUUCUCCGUUUCCUAAAGAAAGAUGCCAGAGAGGAUGAUAUCAUCAUGCUAGCAACAUUUGACGACGCCUCCACCAAUCUGAAAGAGUCAGGUCGCCACUGGCUGUCCCUGUUUGGCAGUUCCCUGGUUUCUCAGCUUGGCUUCAGAGACAACUUUAUCAUGAUCGGACACCGGGGCCUGACAUCCGGAAGUGCCAUUGAAUACUACAAAGGCAAAAAAAUGAGAAAAGACGAUGCCUUUGCACCUCCGAUUGUCAAGGCUGGAUGUUUCUCUUUUCCAAUGGGUAGCAAGGUAAGCAUGGAGAACACAAUGCCAGAAGUCCUGCGAGGUGAGAACAUUAAGCUGGGGGAUCGCCAUGACAACUGUGGACUGCGAGAGUCGUGUGCUGAUGGGAGUGUGGCUGUGGCUGUAGACACUGGUCAAGGCAACUUGAGGAAGCCCAGCAUCUGCGUAGAUGGAUUUAUGCGAAUGGACAACAAUGUGAAUGAUGCUGGCCGUGGGUUUAACGUUGUUGUACUGGAUCCAAACACUCUUCAGCCUACCAAAGUCACUCACAUGGAUACAUACACUUUCGACAGCACAGACCUGGAGCUGUUCCUGGAAUCCCUGGCAGACGGGGAUAUUGUCCUUGCUGUUGUUGCUGACGACGCUUCAAAAAAGCUGGGUCAGAGUGCCAGGGACUCCCUAAACCAGAUUGGUAGCGGGCUUAUCCAGAACCUUCGCUUCCGUGACGUAUGGUACUUCAUUGGCCAGAAAGGCAUCCAGGGCUUCACCACCAUGGAACAGCUUAGUUUUGCAGCAUUUGAUGGAGGAUGGCCCAAGCCUCUUACAGCGAAGAUUUGCGUGCCCAAGAAAUUACCAUCAAGCAAGAUAAUGAUAGAGCAAGAAUGGAGUAGAAAUGACAGGAGACGAGAGUUCUGCACCAAAUACGAGGGAUACUCAGACUUUUGCAAUCCUGCCAAAGUUGAUGAGGAGCUAGCUCCAAUUGAAAUCGCCGACAAGAACCUAAAGGGGCACAAAAUUUUUGAAACACCUAUCAUUAUUGUUCCAGGAAUGAAUCACAAUGCUUUUGUUCACACAUUGGAAACAACUUUGAUGCAACCUGGGAUUAAGUUGGAUCAAGUUGCGGUGCUUUGGGAUGAGAAGCUGCCAGAGUAUGGAGAACUGGCCACUAUGUUUGGUUUCCGGAAUUACAGCCUGGACAGCAGCGUCACAUAUACAGAACAACUGGCCAAAGCGCUGAGGUUUGCUCGCGUGGUGUUCCCAAGUGCUGACCACAUGGUGGUAAUCGAAGAGGACCUGCUCCUGUCACCAGACUUCAUGCCCUUCAUGGCUCUGUGUCUGGACACUGUCAACAAGGACGCCUCUCUAGCUGGGGCUUUUGCCUGGAACGUCAAUGGCUUUGAGCAUUCGUCAGGCAACAACAGCCUGGUGUAUCGAGUACAGGAGUUCCCCGGUCUGGGUUUCCUGGUCAAGUCUCACAUCCUGCAACAACUUGUGGACUCGUUUGGCAGUUGCUGCUCUGACAGGGCAUGGUCAGGCUGGCAUUUGGAAGUCCAGGGCCUGGAGAUGCUGAUGCCGGAUGUGUCUCGUGUCUACCGUACACCGUUUUAUGGGGCCGAGGCCACCUCUGUUGUCGCCAGGAGCCUCUUUCUGAAGCCACGCCGCACGCAUUUAGAAAUGCGGCCCAGCCCAUUGAGCCUGAAACAUCUGAUCAGCACGGACUACGAAGCUUUCCUCAAAACUCAGAUCAUGGGGGCUGAAAUACUCAAACCUUCACUGUUGGUUGACUGCAUUGCUGGCAAAUCUGGAGCUCCAGACAUUGACGAGUUGCCUGAAGUUCCGGUGGUGAUAUAUUAUGCCCAGAAAGAACCCAGCGACAUUCGUGUGUUGAAACUCAUCUGUCGAUGCUUUGGCCUGGUUGCUCUGGAAAACAUGGGCCCUAAGAAUGUACACUUUGGACUGUUAAGAUUUUACUAUCAGAAGCAUGACGUGUUCUUGGUGGGUACGCUGACUCACUACUUUGACAAGAUGAUCUCUGAGGACCACGUGGUCGGGACCAAGGUGCUCUCAACUGUACUACAGUGACAGCUGGAUGGCUGAAGACUCCUUUAUCACCUCUGUGUGUUUGUACAUCAAAGAGAAAAAGAUGGAAGGAGAGACAUAGUGAAAUGUGUAAGCCCUGCUUUUGAAGAAUACUCUUUUUAGUAUUUUUGGUGCUCUUUUAAGUUGGUGCUGAAGUAAAAAAGUUUGAAAAUUUCUCCACCCCCCCUCCCCCCCAAAUUUUACUGAUAAGCUUUAACCAAAAGAAAUCUUGAUCUGAUGAAUGCAGAGUUUGUGAGUAAUUUAUGAUGAGUGCAAGUAUGGUUUUAUCUCUCUGUGUGGGCAUCUUCCUUCUUUUUGCCAUAAAGCUGUACGUGUGCAUAUGGUUGAUAUUGUGUGUUGCACAUGGGUGUGCAUACAUGUUAGUGUGUAUGAAGUGCUGUCAGUAUAUAUCACUGCCAAUGAAAUUAUUGGUAAUGCAGUGGUCUCCAGCUAAUAGAUUGCUCUUCAUGUGACAAGAGAAGCCUGCCCUUAGGCGAUUGUGCUGUGGAGCAAAUUUUGAAGGAGAGUAAUCUCGAGUGAACAACCUGGCAUCUGAUCUUCUGUAGUGGAUUUUGUCAUUGAGAUGAGUUGGCUCCAGGUGUGUUUUCCUACAUCGAGUGUUCACAGACAAUGGCCAUCAGAAUCACACCACAGUCCUCUCACACUGUCCGCAUGCUAUGUAUGGCCGCUCACUGGUUUUCCUUAUUGGAUAAUUCUUCCUGACACCGUGUUUUCAUAAAAUAUUUUUCUCCCUGGCAAAGCCACAAUUUCAAUAAAUGAAGAGGGGCUUGGUGUGGUUUAAGAAAUAUCAUGCUUUUAUCAGCUGUACUGUAAGCUGGAGACCACUGUAUCACAAAGAAUCUUAAAAGACUUGAUCUGAGAAUUGUAUUCUGAUGCUGAAUAUAAUCUUGUAAUCUGGCCGUGAUUUUGUUUUGUCUUUGGAAGAUCUCACAAAGUUAAUUUUAAAAAAUAAGUAACAUGAGUUAUACGAGAAUUAUUAGGGAACCGUUUCCAUUGUUAACUCACUGGAGACUGGGCCUUUUUCGGGUCUUCGUACGCUGAAGACUGGCGUUUUUGGAGAUAUUUCAAUAUUUCAAAUAACACCCUUCCCAAAGACAUACAACCACCAUUUGUACCCACAUAACAUAUCUAAAUAUGCCCAAUAUGACACAAAAAACAGAAAGGCAAUAUCUUUUAUAGUUUUUUAGAAAUGAUUUUUUGAAAAUGUGCUAAAAUUUGUUGCUUGCCAAAAUUUUUGACGUAAUGUCUAAUGUUGAAAAAAA